CAACCAAAUACCAACCUAUAUCGAACUAUUGAAAGGUUAUAAUGUUGUAGUUUUUACUUAUUAUAAAGCUUUUGUUUCGUUGUGCAUGUGUUAUAAUCGUUUAUAAAAAUGACCUCGGACUCUGAAGAUUUGGAAAGUUUACAAGAUGAACUGAUAAAUAUUCGGAGUGUAAUUAAUUUAACUAGAGAAAAUAUUGACGCUCUACUUGCUAAGUUUGCAGGAUUCCAGCAUCCUCCCUCAAUGUAUCUAAGUGAAUACCACGAGCUAACAAGUAAAUUACACGAAUUUGAAGUAAAAGAGCAACAGUUAAUAGAAGAGAUAAGUAAUGGAAGGGCUAGUCCUCAAGAUACCCUUGCUGAUAGUGAUUAUAGUUCUUUAUAUGAUCAACAGUCUUUGUAUGACCAACAUUGCAAACCUGUGAAAACACAUCUUAGGGCAGUUGUACGAGCUCACUUACCCAAUCAACAGCGUACUAGUGUACAGGUAAGACCGGGACAGAGUGUUCGAGAGGCUUUAUCGAAAGCAAUGAAACUGCGAAACUUGACACCAGAAGUUUGUAUCGUCUACAAUAUUCCUUCUGGUGUCCAAAUACCGUGGGAUGCUGAUAUUUCUACGAUUGAUUGUGACGAAAUUCGUGUUGAAAUUCUGGAUAAGUUUCCAAUUGCGACAAGUAUCUCACACAAUUUUGUCCGCAAGACAUUCUUUUCAUUAGCGUUUUGUGAGUGCUGUCGACGACUAUUGUUUCAAGGCUUUUACUGUAGGACCUGUGGCUACAGAUUUCAUCAGCGAUGUGCAGGAGGAGUCCCAGCUCUUUGUCAACAGGUUCGUAUGCAAGAUACCUACUAUCAGAUGCUUCUUGCACAAAAUACAGAGACUUCUGCUGGCAUAUUGCAGGUCCCGUCUGGUUAUGGGCGGCAUCCAAGAGCUCUUGGUCAUGGUGAAAGAUCAAGUUCUGCACCUAAUGUGUGCUAUAAUCUUGUCAAUCCUAUUGGAGGUGAAAUAACCUCAUUAAAAGAAUUUGUCAGUUUAGGUUCAACUACUGCUCCCGGACCAGUUGUUAACAAUAGACUAUCACACAGUCAAAGUGCCCAGGCAUCUCCUACUAAUGCUUUAAAACCUUGGAGACCAAGAGCUCGAAGUGCGGAUGAAAGCGCAAACAAAAUUAAGAUCCACAAAGAUGCUCCUAGAGAAUCUAUAGAAGAUUGGGAAAUCCCUGCUGAUGAAAUCCUUGUUGGGCCAAGAAUCGGAUCUGGUUCUUUCGGAACUGUAUACAAAGGUCAUUGGCACGGUCCUGUUGCAGUGAAAACCCUAAAUGUGAAAGACCCCACACCAACACAGCUUCAAGCGUUCAAGAACGAGGUAGCAGUCUUAAGGAAAACACGUCAUUUAAAUAUUCUCUUAUUUAUGGGCUGUGUUAGUAAACCUCAACUCGCCAUUGUAACACAGUGGUGUGAAGGUUCGAGUUUAUACAGACAUCUCCAUGUGCUGGAAACUAAGUUUGAAGUCCUAACACUGAUUGAGAUUUCACGACAAAUAGCACAAGGAAUGGACUAUCUUCACGCAAAGAACAUCAUACACAGGGAUUUGAAGAGUAAUAACAUAUUUUUACAUGACUUAACAGUGAAAAUUGGUGAUUUUGGCCUUGCAACAGUGAAAACUCGUUGGUCCGGCGGUCAGCAGUCUCUACAGCCGACCGGCUCCAUUCUAUGGAUGGCACCUGAGGUGAUCCGAAUGGCUGAGGAAAAUCCUUACAGUUUUCAAUCUGAUGUUUAUGCGUUUGGGAUUGUUUUAUAUGAACUAUUUUCUGGCCAGCUUCCUUACUCAAGCAAUGACAAAGAUGUCAUAUUUUACAUGGUUGGUCGAGGCUUCCUUCGUCCUGAUCUUGAGAAGCUUUAUUCUGAAACGCCCAAGGCAUUGCGAAGACUGACUGAAGACUGCAUAAAAGUAAAAAGAGAGGAACGUCCAUUAUUUCGUCAAAUUUUAGUGUCAUUAGAGAGUCUCCAGCGAGCUUUGCCGAAGAUCCACAGGUCUACAUCAGAACCCACCCUCAACAGAACGCAACUGCAGUCGGAUGAUUUUUUGUAUGGUUGUGCGUCACCCAAGACACCUGUUAAUACUCAUUUUGGGGCCUUUCCAUUCUACUCGAUGGGCGGUAUAAUUUAAGCAAGGUAAAGAUUAGUUAAAUAUCCAUAGGUGUUACAAGCUUAAUAUUUUGUGCAGCCAUUUUCUCUUAUCUUUAUUAACUUAUCAUAUUGAUUCAACUUAAGAUGGAUUUAGAAUCAGUACAGAUGUGCAUUGUCGUAGUUGGUAUCAGAAAUACCACCUUGGUUAGUUUAAAUUAACUUACCGUAAUAUAUUCUACCAAGGAAGUAGUUGGGAUAUGUUCCUUUAGAUUAUAAAUACUAUUGUUUCUGGGCAAAAAUUGAUUAAUUUCUUCAACUAGGCCUAACCAGUUAAAUUCUUAAGUGGCUCACUAACACAUCCGAUUUUAUUGCAUUUCCAGAUUUUUACCUAAGCUAAAUUGUGUGUCUAAAAAAUGUGGAAUUAGUGUUGGCCUACUAGCCGCACUAGAAAAAGGUAAUUUCCAACAAUGUGGGCUCCAAAAGUUUUCAAUAUAGGCCUAUACCGGUACUAAAAUUUAUAGGCCAAUAUUUACUAAGAUAUUGAGAAAAAAUGUAUUUUCUAAACAUAUAGGCCUGUGGAAGAUGAAUCCUAGGCCGGUAUUUAAUUUGAAUCCUAAUAUGCCCAAGGUUAUAAUUAACAGAAAAAUUUUAGAUCUCUGUUGCUUAUAAACUAAGGUUCAAUUCUUAUUGAGGUUGCUUUUAUAAACAAGUUAUUUGAAGAUAAAGAAUUUUUUCACCUAUCUUUAUGAAAAAACACACAAAAUACACCAGAGUCAUGCUGAUCUGAACUUAUUGGAACUGAAUUCAGUAGGCUAUUUUAUAGGCCCUGUUCAGAUUACCAAAUCAUUGGGAUUUUAGACAUAAAUGCCGUAAAAUUACAUUUAAAAAACUUAAACAUUAGCCUAGGCCUAUGUAUUUUGUAACUGUAGGUGGCCAUAAAUAUAUUGCUUUCACAAUCAUGACAACACCCAAGUCGUCUCUCCGAUUCUCUUUAUCACGCAAUGACCUUAAAAGAGAACUCCGUUAAUGAAUGGACGCUUGACUAUAGGCUAUUGUUGAGGCAAAAUUUACAGACUUUCCCCUGGCAUCUAAAUUCAUGUACAACCUCGGUGGACAGCCUGGUUAUUAUGUAAGAACACAUAGCUUUAUUUUUCCUUUUUCAUCAGUACUGGUGGGCCUAGCCUUUUUCCCCUAACAGAUGGUUUGGAUUAUUGGUUGAUGUGAGGGAUCUUUUACUCAUGAAAGGGAAAAUAAAAAUUAUCAUCAAGCCAAACAAAAAAAAAUUUACAACUGUAUGGCCAUAAUUCCAACUUAUUCGUUAGGCAAUUAUUAGAUAGAAUUUCAUUGCUUGUAAAAGGAGAACAGGCGAAGAUUACAGUAAGUAAUGUGGCUACUCCAGUGCGAACCACCUGAGGUUGAAUACAUGGUGGAGCGGUUAGGUAGAGAGUCUUUUAUCUCAGAUGGUAGCGGCGCUUCACAUGUACUAGUAGAGCGGCGACGGUAGCCAGUCAAGAAGCCUAAGUACAGCAAUUAAUUUUGAAUAUAGGCCUACAUAAAUAAAAGCUAAUUUAUCCUUAUAUGAGAGGAUAUGCACUGGUUUUGUAAAGAAACCAAUGAAAAAAACCCAAUGAUGAUGGUGAAAGGUACAGCAAAGUCAUUCAUUAGGCUUAGGCUAUACAACUGCUUAAAUAUUUAAAACAGUAAAAUUGUAAAUUAUAGCAUUUCUAGAAAUGUUGUAUUAUUGUGUGAAAUAGUAAAAACUGUUUGUAAGAUAAAUUCCAUAUUUUAAAUGUGUCAUUCAAGUGGAUACUGUACAUUCUGACAUGAAUUAUUACAAGUUUUAGUUAUAUAGUUAUUGUUUGAUAUAUUGGUAGGCCCUAUUAUUAGCUUUAGUCCUGGCUUCAAAGAGAACCGUUUUGGGAACUGGCGAAAUAAAACUACAUUUUAAACCAUGUAUGUAAAUGAUUUGACCGCUAAGCCUCAAACCUUGAUAAAACCCUCGAAUAUCACAGCUAGCAUGUUGGCGCGGGUACCAGCUUCACUCUCCACUCCACUAUGUUUUGGGGCACCUACGUUAAUAUAUUAUUUUUUCUGCUCAGCUACGCUCUAGCUUUGCCGCUCCACUAUGUUUUCACCCUAAGGCAUGAAAAUCAAACUGUAAGGUUGGGAUAGCGCUCUUGAUCAUUAUUUGAGCAAUUUAUAUCAAAUAGCAUGUGUAGUCACAAAAAAUAUAGAAUUGCACUGGAUUGAAUACCUUGAACGAUCAAAUUUGUUGGUGAAGAGACAGAUGUCCACAAGAUCCGUAAGGUUUGGGCCUAUAGCACCUCAUUGCAUUCUGUCACAAACAUAAUCUGAUAUUAUAACUGUGAUCUUAAAAAAGGUUAAAUAUUCACCAAAAACAUUUGGAUUUAUCAACUGUUUUACUAGGUCUAAUGUAGGCCUAUUGAUGUUUUAACAACUUUGGACAGAAAAAAAUCAUUGUGUGUUUCCUUUUGCCCAUGAAUGUGUUCAAUAUAUUGCGGUCUGGGUGGAUAAUUUUGUGAAGCAGAUUGCUUACCGUUUUUACCCAGGAAAAUGGGAUUUCAUUUAUAUAUUCUUAUGACCAAUCAAAAAUGCCAGGUUUUGAAUAAAUUGAUUUAAACUAUAUAAUAUUACUUUUGACAAGGUACUUACUAACUGGAUUUCUUGAAGUUAUUUUGUGUACUGUAUAGACCUGUAUGUGUUUAAUGUAUAUAACUGGACACAGAUUUCAAGUUUUUUAAAGCUUUAAUUUAUUAGAUGUAAGAAACAUCUUGCAACUAAUUAUAACAAUAUAAAAUAUGUUUAGGUUUAUGUCGUCAAUUCUAACUUAGUCUCGGGUGACUAGUUUUGAAAGCACUGUUUAAUUUUCUAGCCGCUUGUGUUGCAUAAAAUUAUUUGAACACAUUGUCGCCAUCAGUACACAAAAAUUAAACAUUUAAUUUACUUGAACACAUAUAUAUUAUGUUAACGUAGAAGAAUGCACAGCCGGCCAUACCACGCACGACGAUGGACAUGAUACUCAACUACCAACAACCGGGUAGUUGAACUUAGAGUAUCUGUGUUUUAUGUGAAGAUAUGUUGUAUUUCUGUGUGACGACGACAAUGUGUUCAAAUAAUUUUAUGCUUGACGACAAGAGGCUUGAAAAUUAAAGUUGUUUUGGAACUUGUCGGCCGAGACUAAAUUACGAUUGACCAUGUAAGGUAUGUAAACAUACUUUAUAUUGCCAUAAAUCAAUCUUGGAGGCUAUGCUGAAUAAACUUGCAAUUACGUGCACAGGUAUUUAAAAAAAUGUUUAGUUGCAAAAUAAAUAUUAAGAAUAAGGUUCAAUGACCUUUAAGUGUGGAAAAAUGAUCUAAAACUAUAUGGUUGUGUAUUAUAGUUUUCUAUAGUUUAUUUUUGUUGAACUCAACAAAGAAUACAAAAUCUUUUUUAAAUCUCGUGUAGGAGUAUGCAAAUAUCAUGUUAAAAUAUAAAUAUUGUAUAUUAUUGUAAAUUCAGUGUAUUAAUGUAAUAAAUACUUUUCAGAUAACCUGAUCCUCAUUAUUUUGGCCAUUGCUUUGUAAUAUGUUGUAAUAUUACUGAUUGUUAUUUGUGUCAGUGCAAAUGUUAAUUAUGUACACAGCCGCAUGGAUUAAUUUAAAUUACAUUAUUUGUAUUAUAUUACAAAUUCUAAUAAGUUAUUAGUCUUUUUUACUAAAGUGUAGGAUUUUUAGAACUAAUAAAAUGAAUAAUUGAUUUUGUUCAGAUGAGAUGGUAAUAUGUUAAAAUAUUCUGUGUGUUAGCAUAAGUUUAAACUAAUUGUAUAUUAUUUUGUAUAGUUAUACAUGUUUUAGGGACAAUGGACCGUUUAUAACAGAACUAGUUUUUGGAUUUCUGAAUUUAGCGUUUAAUAACUCUUUGACAUUCCUUCUCGAGCUUUUUAAUCUUAAAGUACUUUUAAACUGAAGACUUUCUAUUACGAUUCUUGAAUUAAAUGAUUGUGCUUGGUUUGUUAUCUGAUGAUUAAAAAAGUUAAAAGUGCGUUCAUCAUUAACAUGUACAGCUUUAUGAUUUAUCUUUUAAAAUCAUUAUAUUAUUGUUUGAAAAAUUUUGUAAAUGUUACCGUACAUUACUGAGAUGUUGAUUGGUGUAAAUGUGGAUAUUGUUGAUAAAGUUUAAUUUGUGUCAAACAUCACUCCUCUCAUCCCGAGGACGUUUGAACAUUGUAAUCAGUUUACGAAAUGGAACCUUUUAUGUAUUAUUUUGAUUACAUCAAUAAAGCAUAAUGUU